UCCGGCCACCUUUAGUGCUUGGUUGCUAGGGAGACGAGGAAGUGACCUAAAGCCCACCCUUAAAACUAUGAUUACGGAGAAGACUGCGCGCAAACUGGAGUUCGGGAGGGCAGUGGAAUUUCACUUCCAGGUCUUGAGUGGCUAAACCCUGCUCACGAGACCCUGAAGGCGCAAAGAGCGACUCCCAACGCGUCCUUAGCAACCAGCGGCGUCCCGGCGGCCGGCGGGUUAAGGGUCUCUACCAGGUUGCAGAUGAACUGCUGAGCUCCUAGUCAGCUUGUCACAGCCGCUUCCAGAGCUAGAAUACACCCCUUCAAAGUGGAAAUAUUCAUUGUUUUGAUGCUCUACCACAGUCUUAAACUGCAAGAUGGCAGUGUGGUAUGAUGGGUAAGCGUGCAAUGUGGAAAUCGACACCUUAUGUAAUUCCUGCACCAAAACAGAACAUGUCUCUGUCAUCAUGUAGGUCAUUUAAUUUUCAGGUUUAUGAUCUGUAACCAUGCCCAUUAACAAAUCACCUGCAGUUAAUAAAUUUGGAGUAAUAUCUUUCCCUUAUGGUGAAGAAGUCUUGAAAUUUAAUUUUCAAAACUCAAGUAAGAGUCAUAAAUCAAGGUCAUUAUUGUUAAUCAGAGAAAAGUUCAUCUUGAAAUUUAAUCAAACACAGAAUCCAGUAGAGAAGAAAGAACUGCUGGAACAAGCAAGAAAAAACAUUCUCAGAUGUAAGAGAAAAUUAGGUCUCAGUUCCUUGGGUUUGGGGAAGCAUGUGCAUCUUCCUUUCGCGUGGACUGAAGUAAUAUAUUUGGCACAGUGCAAAGGAGAAAUCCAAGAUGAAGCUUUAGGUAUGCUGUAUGCUUCUCUGGACCAUGCUUCCUUUGAUUACGAUCAUCUGCCUGCUUUAUUUUUUGUUGCGGAAUCAGUUUUAUACAGGCUCUGCUGUGAUGCAUUCCUGCAGGAGUUUUUAUAUUCUGUUGAGAUAAAGCUGACAAAGAUCGGCUAUUUGAUCUUCUUACGGCUUUUUAUAUUUUUCCUGCAUGGUCAACUAAGAAGUUUUAAAGAACACUUACUGAGGCUUCAACCGUACUCAUAUGCACUUUUUGCUUCUGGAGAGUCAUAUCACAAGUAUCCAAAUAUCUUUUCAAAUGUCCAAUUCAUGCUGAAAACGUUACAAAUUAUAUGUGAGAAAGAACUCUAUUCUGAAUCAGUUUUUAGCACCGUGGAAAAUACGGGAAGAUUUGCGAACACAGAAUCAGAUACGGCACAUUUGCAGUGUAAUGAUGGAGGAUAUGAACUUAACCCCCUGCUCUGGCACUGUGUUGCUGCUUGGUUUUGUGUUCUGAGCAAUAGUCCUCAGCUGAACAGCGUGCUUGAGCAUCUCAUCUUGCAUAAAAUGCAGCUUCAGAAGAAAUGCUGGCUGGAUUUAGUACUGGCCUUGUUAGUCCUUGGAGAAGCUGCCAAAUUAAAUAUGACCUGCUUGAAAACUUUAAUGGACCUAAUGAGAGAUUUUGUUUUAAGCAUUAUGUCUGUUGAGAAACAGGAUGAAGAGUACACAGGAGAUGAUCUUUCUUGGGCCGGGAAUGUAGUUCAUAUGUACACAACGAUCAUUGCAGAGAUCUGUUUGUAUGCAGCCACAUCUGAUUUGCGGAAAGCUGCCUUUAUUGGCCUCUAUGGCUGUAAAUGUGCACGCAAAGAUGUUUUCCUUAUGGACAAAUCAGAACAGCCAGAAUUACAGGAAACAAGUAUUUUAAGUCUUUUGGAAUUCUUCUCUUCAAAAAUAUCAGAUAAUUGUGAUCAAGUGGUCUGGAUCGGAUACUAUGGCUUAGUGUAUAACCUGGUGAAAAUGUCAUGGGAACUUCAGGGUGAUGUGGAGGAGGAUGGAUUUGGAAACAUGAUUUGGCAAACAUUACAAAAAACAAAGGAUUAUGAAAAAGAUGCACGGAUCCUAAAUGCAAUACAUAUUGCCCAGGCUGAGUUAAAUGACCGAAGUGACCCUUUCACUAGAUACAGUAGGAAAGUCCCGUCAAAAGCAAAGGAAGAGGUUUUCUCCAAGUACAUUGGCUGGAGAGUUGCCAAUGCACUUUCCAAACUCUUGUUCCCGCCUCCAGAUGUCCGUGUGCUUCCUUUGAAGAAACCAGCAGUACAACAGGAUCAAAUGAAAUAUCUAAAUAAAAAACAGGAAUCCACGAAGAGGGUUCUACAUUUUACUGUUAGGGAACAUCCUUCGCUCUCAGAACUUCCCAUGUUUCCAUAUCCGGAUUUCUUCACCAAAGCAGAUAAAGAAUUGGCAAAAGUGAUUGACUAUCAUUGGCAAAAAGAGCGGGAGAUCCAACAAAGAGAAGAUGCAAUAUGUGAAGCCGAAGAACAGAAAGAAAAAGAGUUACAGGAGAAAAAACACUUUGAAAAAGUUAUGAAGCAAAGAGAAGAGAAGCUGCACAAACAAACCAAACCCUAUGAGCUUCCUCCCAGGGCAGAAGUAAUUUCGUUAGAAAAGAAAACCACUCACAAAAACACUGGGGUCUCCAUGCCAGAAAGUUCUAGCACAGAAAAUGUCAAGAUAGCUACCUUCAUGUUAGGAGAGCUUUCUCAUAAUUAAUUUGAGGCUCUUUUCUGGAGAAACUAGUUUUUAUCCUGGUGCAAGCUGUCUAAUAGUCACUGAUCAGUCUUACAUUAACAGUCAGCUCCACUAUAAUCACAUUUGAAUGGUUUCACCAGUUGUAAAUUUCCAAGACUACAGCUAGUGCUUCUCUCAAUUGAUUCUUCUCUUGUGAAAUAUAGUGUUCUCGAUCAGCCAUUCUCAGAGUGUUGAUAUUCACUAGGCUGUAUCACAAAAAUGAACUUCAAAUUAAUGAGUCCAUGUAUGAAAAUUGUGUCUUGAAAAUAGAGUUAUCACUGUCUUAAAUAUCAGUAAUUACUGUUAUUCAAAUAAAAGAACUCCUGGCAUCUC